CCCGUCCCAGGGCCCUGCGCCAGCCCCUCUGCCAGACGCCGGCGCUGGGCUGACUGCGAGCCCGUCCGAUCGUCCGUGCAGGUGUCCGGACCUUUCUCCUUCUUUCCUCACUGCUCGGCCAUCGUCUCAUCGCCACCCACCAAUGCUCAGCUUCUUCUGGCUGAGGUGUCUCAUAAAAAUGGUCAAGGGGGAUUUUGUAGCCCCUGAAGAGAUCUUGAGCUUCUGUUGCAAUGGCCUCCAGGGCUCGACCUCUCCACCACGUGCCCAGGAGCCAGGGGAACGGGAGGAGACGUGGGGGGCCAUGGCGAGCCCCUCGCCCCCCUGCAACCCCACGGAGGUGCAGAUGAGCCAACUGGUGCUGCCCUGCCACACCAACCACCGCGGCGAGCUCAGCACCGGCCAGCUCCUCAAAUGGAUGGACACCACUGCCUGCCUCUCUGCUGAGAGACAUGCUGGCUGCCCCUGCGUCACAGCUUCCAUGGAUGAUAUCUAUUUUGAGCAUACCAUUAGCCAGGCGUCCACAAACCCUCCUGGGCAGCGGGACGGGAGGAGCGGUGUCUGUGUUGGGCAAGUUGUCAACAUCAAAGCCAAAGUGAACCGAGCCUUCAACUCCAGCAUGGAGGUGGGCAUCCAGGUGAGCUACGAGGACCUGUGCAGUGGGAAGCACUGGAGCAUCUGCAAGGCAUUUGCCACCUUCGUGGCACAGGGACAUUUUGGCACCAAGGUGAAGCUGAAGCCCGUGGUCCCUCAGACGGAGGAGGAGAAGAUCGAGUACAGCAUCGCCGCCGAGCGCCGCCGCAUGCGCUUGGCCCACAAGGACACCCUCAAGGACCUCCUCACUCGCAUCCCUCGUGAAACUGAGCUGGAGACACGGGAUGGCAGCGUGGCGGUGCCAGCAGAGAAGACACGGGUGGAGAGUGUGGAGCUGGUGCUGCCCCCACACGCCAACCAUCAGGGCAACACCUUUGGGGGGCAGAUCAUGGCCUGGAUGGAGAAUGUGGCCACCAUUGCAGCCAGCCGUCUGUGCCGUGCCCACCCCACUCUGCAGACCAUUGAGAUGUUCCACUUUCGGGGACCGUCCCAGGUCGGGGACCGCCUGGUGCUCAAAGCCAUCGUCAACAACUCCUUCAAAAACAGCAUGGAGGUGGGGGUCUGCGCUGAGGCCUACGGGCAGGAGAUGUCUGGCAACAGGAGGCACAUCAACAGCGCCUUCAUGACCUUCGUGGUGCUGGACCAGGAGGGUCGGCCCCGCAGCUUGCCCAUGGUGGCACCUGAGCCAGGGGAAGGAGAGAGGAGGUACAGAGAAGCCAGUGCUAGGAAAAAAAUCCGUCUGGACCGAAAAUAUGUUGUCUCCUGCAAACAGACCGAGGUGCCACUCUCUGUGCCCUGGGACCAAAGCAACAAGGUUUAUCUGAGCUACAACAACGUCUCUGCACUGAAGACACUGGUAGCCAAAGCCAACUGGAUACUUGCCAGAGAAAAGGAAAAGGUGAGGAUGUACACGCUGGAGGAGGACAAAUUCCUCUCCUUCCGUAUCGAGAUGUCAGUUUCCAUCAGUGCUGGCAGAGCCUUCUCCCUGCUCUCCGACCUGCGGCGCCGGCACGAGUGGGACAGCCACUACGCGAGCGCAGAGCUUGUCCAGCAAGUAGAUAAUGAUGACAUGAUCUACCACGUGGUGAGCCAGACGCUCAGCUGCGAGAACAAACCGCAGGACUUUGUCAUCCUGGCAUCCCGGCGGAAACCUUGCAGCAGGGGGGAUCCCUACGUGGUGGCAUUUCGGUCAGUGACAUUGCCCACCCAUCCCGCCAGUGAUGUCUUCACGCGAGGGGAGACGCUCUGCUCCGGCUUCUGCAUUUGGCCGGAGUCGGAGGAGAUGAGCAAGGUGGCUUACUACAACCAGGCUACACCAGGGUACCUUAACUACGUCACCACCAACGUGGUGGGGCUGUCCUCCAACUUCUGCGCCACCUUUGAAGCCUGCGAGAAGUUCCUGCUGAAGAACAAGGAGGACCUGAUCAUGAGGCUGCAGAACCUCUAGGGCUUGGGCAUCUCUGCUGACUGAUGGACAGAGAGAUGAUGGGGGAACCUUCGGGAUGGUGGUGCCAAGACCCUUCCUCCCGAGGGGUGAAGUCCAAAAGUCCAAGGGUUGGGGUGGAAGGGCAUGACAGUACCGCCUCACCCCUUGCACUGACGUGUCAUGUCUUUUCUUUUUUUUUUUUUUUUUUUUUUUUAUGUAGACAUUUUAUAAGCUGAUGUACAGGACCUUCUAGUUCACUUAAUGCUACUUGAAUCUUUAUAAGAUCCCAAGUCUUCCUAAAACAGUUUUGUUUUGGUUUUUUUUUUUUUUACUGUUUCUUAAUGGGGGGAAACUGCUUCCCGUUGAGGCAGCGAAUGCAGCAAGGGGACAGGGAUGUGGGGAGAGUGCUGGGGUGGUCAGUGGAACAUCCUGUUCCCCCUGGAGCUGCUCCUGGCAAACAGCCCCUGCUCCCUCUCCGGGCUGGAAUCCCACCCCACAGGACUGUGGCAGGAGGGUCAAUAAAAGUGCAUCCAACCUGACCUUCAACACUUCCAGGGAAGUGGGCAACUGCUCAGUGUCUCUGGGCAACCUGCUCCAGUGUCUCACCACCCUCACAGCAAAGAGCUUCCUGCUAUCUAAUGUACAUCUCGGGUUUUAAACCACUCCCCCUUGUCCUAUCACUCUAUACUCUUGUUAAAAAAAAAACAAAAAACCCUCCCCAGCUUUCCUGUACCCCUCAAGUACUGCAAGGUGGCUCUGAGGUCAGUUUGGAGCCUUCUCCAAGCUGAACAGGCACCUUCUGCAGUAUGUGAUGCUGCCAUCAAGAGAAGGUUUCAAGGAUUUCACAGAUGCCUAAAUAAAUACAUUGGAAAUUAUAUAUAAAA